AGCAAUUUAAACGCGAUGGAGCGAGCAAGGGAUCUCUUACACCUGAGAAGAAUGACUGAACAGCACGUGCCAGAGGAAGAAGUCCAGGUCAAACGUAGAAGGCCUGCCUCACUGAGCAACCAAGAGUGCCACCUGUACCCACAUUCUCAGCAGCAGCAGCAGCAAGUUCCUGUGGUGGAUUUCCAGGCAGAACUGAGACAGGCGUUCUUAGCUGAGACACCAAGAGGUGGUUAAAGUAGUAUUGAAACAUCAAGGUGGUGG